UGGAGAGUAGAAACAACAAGAAGUGCGUUAUUUGUAAUAAGAGGCGAAGUCGUGGUGGAUCACCCUUACUUUUGAGUAGGUUUCCUCUGGAUUCUGACCGUUGUCGAAUGUGGGUUAAAAAUGCUGGCUUAGAAGACUUAGCAUAUGUACCUAUUGAAAAGUUACACCAACUGAAGUUUGUUUGUGGUGGGCACUUCACUCCUGAAUCCUUCAAUGCCAAAGGAACUCGGCUGAAGAACUCAGCUAUUCCAACACUGGAAUUGAGCAAUCCCAUCUUGCCAGAUGAAGUUUUGACAGAGUUUCCUCUUCAUGUAAAAGACUCCAAUAAAGAAAACCUCAAGACAGUUCUUUAUGAUCAUUCAUAUUGCAUUCCAAAGAAGUCAAAUCCAGUUGAACGAGUUCCCCUUACAACUACAACCAAACAACUAAAUUCAACAUGUUUGGGAGCUGUGGAUAUACCAGAUUCUGGUAUUUCUGCGAAAACAACUUUUGAACCUCUUCCUUCUACUUCCAAUGCACCAGAACAUAUGACCUAUAAACCCAUUACUCAUGAUGAUAAAAACAUUUGCCAUCAAGAUGCACAGGCAGAAAUAUUAGUCCACAGUUAUAAAAGACCUAAGAAAAACAUUGAAAUGAAAGACACUUCAUCAACAUUUACAAUUAAAGAGAAGAGGCUUUGGCGACAGUUACAAAAUGCAAAAAAAAAACAAUAAGGAAUAUAGCGAAGGUAGUUGCAGAAGAACACAACAGAAAUUUUUUAAAUAUUAAAAAACUGAAUAGUACCAUUGUAAAUCCAACAUUCAAAACUAAGAUGAGGGUGAAGUAUGCUGCGCAUGCUCUGAGUAAUACCGUGGCAGCUAUUUUAAAAAUGAUGGCAUGGAAAGAAGUUUCUGAUUGCAAUGAUACAGCAUUUGUGAUUGAACAGUUAGAUAAACUAUUUGAUUGUACAAAUGGUCCAUCAUCUUUAAAUGACGUAAAGAAAGGGAUCCGGGAAAAUGUUUCCACAUCAAGUAAUCACAUUGAGUCUUGGACCUUUUAUACUGAUAAGUUAAAAACCAUAAAAUUUAUAACAGCAGAAAACACGAUACUAAAAAAUGUUAAAUGCGUAAAGGGAUAUCAAAUAUCUAUCAAAUCCUUAAACGAUAUUUGGGAAAAGUUAAAGAAUGAAGGGUUUAAAUAUAUGAACCUUAGACAGUUUAACCAAGACUCUCUGGAAAACUUAUUUGGAAUCAUUAGGCAACACAGUGUAACCAAUAGAAAUCCCACUAUCACGCACUUUACUGCAGCGCUUAAAACAAGCAUGGUUACUGGGCUGAAAGUGCCUCAUAGCAGAAGUACUAAUUGUGAAGCAGACAACAAUAAACAUAUGCUGGAAUAUAAAGACAUUUUAAAAACUAAUUUAAAAACAACAGAAAUAAAAAUUAAUGUUCAAGAUUCCACAGACACUGAAUUUUAUCCUGUGUUGUCUAUCCCGGACCCUGAAAA